AUGGCCACCGAGAAACCAAAGGUGAUGGCCGUGCCAAGCGGCCGCGGCAGCCUCUCUGGCCGGCUGUCAAUCAGCAGAAACAAUCCAAACUCAGCGCCUAGUCAGGCAGCUUCAAAGGUGCUGUCUGACAGCGAUGAUGAGAGGGCCACCGCAGAAGUAUUCCCAGAGAGAGCAGGGAUGCAGCCCCAGAACAUGUCUAUGCAAUCAGGCGCUCAGGAGAUGGCGGCAGGCGGCAGGGAAUAUCUGACGGCUCCCUACACGCAGCAGGAUCUUGAGAUUCCUGAGCAGACGCAGCCGGAUGGGGCGUUCUCUCUGCUGCCGGGGCCGCGCGCGAGCUUUGCGGCUGCGCGACGAGCCAGUGCGCCGGUGAAUGCGCUGCCGCACAUCCCCGAGGAGCCGCCGGUUCAGCAAGUCUCUGGCGCAACCCCUGGCGUGCUAUUUGCUAAGAGGCGGAGCUCGGCACACCCCUUGCUCAGCGGCAGUGGACGCAGCAGUGUUUCCUUGCAGAUGCAGCCCAACACCCCGCAGCGGCAGCACGAGCAUUCCCGGCGUAGCUCCCUGGCACCAGCAACCACCGAUUACCCCCAACCGCUGCCAGAGCAGCCCUUCAGUGAUGCAGCGCCGCCAGAGCCAGACAGCUUUGACCCUGCGGCCUUCUCAGCUGCAUACGGCAUUCAGGAAGAGAAUAGGGAUAAUGAGGGGCUAUUGAGGCGCGCGGAUGACUCAUUCUCCUUCUCCACGGACGCGCCCCAUCAGCAGCAGGAACCUGCCCACCUCCCCGAAGCGCUGCCCGGCCUGGGCAACUUUGCCCGGACGAGGGUCAGCACACUCAGCGAGGGUGAAAGGAGCGGCCGAUCACGCGGCAAAUCAGAGCCCGCUUCCGCGCCUACAGCCGUCACAGCUGGCUCGAAGCAGGCAGCCACUGAACAAAGACAGCCACCCACCAAGCAGAAACUCGCCAGGGGCCUCAGUGCUGAGCCCGUUGAAACCCAGCCAAGCAGAAGGGGCUCCCACUUGAGCAGCGUUGUGACUAACGUGGAGAGUGUGCACGAGCAAGAGGGGCUGACCCCGGUCCCAUACCCGCCAACUGCAUUGCAAGUGCCAUAUGGUGGUGACAGCAAGAGCUGGCAGCCCACUCAGGGUCUGUCGCUGCAGCAAGAACAGCCCAUUGCGCAGCAGAAUUUCAUGUGGAGCUCCCCUCCCGUGAGAGCCAGCGCAUCCGCAGAGAUGGAGGACCUGAGCAGCGUGCGGGCCACCGGCUCCCUGGCAUGGAGCAGCCUCGGCAUCUUGCGUGCAGGCAGUGUUCCCAUGCGCGCGACGGGGAACUCCCUGGCAUGGACCAGCAGGAGUGUGCCAGCUGGCACGACAGCCGGACCAAUUUUGAAUGCAAAAUUUGCGAAUACCGCACAGGAGACACGGUGGAAGAAUGAGAGUCCUGCGGCGCGGGAUGAAGGCCGGAUGACUGAUGCGCCCGGUGAUCAGGAGGUGUUCAAGGUGUAUGAUAACCAAGUGGCAGCCAGCACGGAAGCUGCCGAGCAGCUGCUGCAAUCUGCUACCCAGCAAACCGCCGAGGCAUCGAUGACUUCAGCGUUUGCCGGCCUGGCGACAGACGUGCAGCAGCUCGACGCCAAGUUUGGCGCCUGGUCACAGCGCAGCGAGGACGUGUGCAUGGGGAUCCAGUGCGAGCUGAUUCAGCUGCGCCGAGGCACCGCCGAUGACAUCAGCGCCAUCGGCGCCCGCCUGGAGCUCCUUGAAGCUCGCAAGAUUGCACCCCCUCCUCAGCAGCAGCCACAACAGACUCCAGCUGAAAAUGGAUCAGGCUGGGAUCAGCAAUUCACUAUGGACAUUAUCGAGCGGCUGGAUGCUCUGGAGGUCCGUGUGGCGUCACAGCUGGACCAGCUGACAUCAGCGCAUGAGGAGCGCAUCAGCGCCAUAAAGGGCAAUCUGCAUGCUUCGGUGGCAGAGGCUGCGGCGGUGGCCUGCUCGCGGCCUGGCAGCCCGUUAAAAGCCUCGGCUGGGACGGCAACUGCUGAGAUACCCGGCUCCAGGCUGGAGCUGCCUGUGAAGGGCACCUGCUUUGAAGACCCUACCACACAAUUCGAAGCAGCUCCUUCAGACGCCCACCAGAAAAAAGAUCCAGGGACAGCCCAGAAAGCUCACGACCUGGGAUUCCAAGAUCUGGCCAAGAGAGUGGCUCAGCUGGAGGCGAGCCACACAGUCUUCAUGGCUGCCGACCGGAGCAAGGCAAAGCUGGCAGUGACGGAUGCGGUGGCGGCGGCUGCGCUGGACAAGCGGCUGUGCACGAUGGAGGAACAGCUGCACAGCGCGCACGGUGAAGCCGCCGAUGCAAACGGCUGCGCGCGGGGGGCCCAACAGCGCAUAGCGGCCGCUGAAUGGCGCAUCGAAAAGGUGGCGACGGCGUGUGCUGCGACGGUGAAGGCGCUGACUGCGCGGCAGGAGCGGCUGGCCAACUCCCUGUCACUGGUGAAGGGCACAGCCUCCCUGGCCGACGCGAAAUGCGCGGCGCUGGGCGCAGAGAUUGCGAAACUGUACCGUGACAGCGGCCUCAAGAGAGCAGCACACUCUGGCUCCAGUGGCAAGAAGGUGCCGCGCAUGCCCUUGGCAGGGUAA